CAUCAGCAACAAAUUACGAAGUAGCUUUGAAAGUAAUAGGAAGGUUGUACAAUUAAAAAAAAAAAUUUGCAUUAAUUAGCAACAAAAAAUCCUUGAUUAUUGAAUAAAUAUUUCAGAGUGAGCAUAAUGAGUUAUUUUUGUGAGAUGUCGUAAAUACCUGUAUUUUUUAAAAAGAGGAAUAUACUUUCAUUUCUGAAUUUUAAAAAUGGAGAAAGAAACUGCUGCUGGAGUACAGGAUAGAGAAAAAAGAAAAUUGUAUCCUAACAGGGAAAAGGCUUGUAAGGAAAAGCACAAUCUAAGAAAGGCUCGUAGACCGAAAAUAAGUGAAAGGAAUACGAAACAACAACAAAUGCCUGGAAUAAAAGAGAGAAAUUGUGACAAAGCACGAGGUGAACGACGAAGUUCUGUAAAUUCGAACGUUCCUCUGACACUUCUUUCUGAAAUCCUUCCGUUAUCGUCUUCUAACAAACAAAGUAGUGAAAAUGAAGCUCUGAUACGUAAAAAUUUAGAUUUGAAGAAAAUGAUAGAAAACUUCGAAAGGGAAGAAAUGCUAAAAAUGCAACAGAAAGACUAACUUUGAAAAAUGUUUUCAAAGGGCUGCAGUAAAAGAUAUUGGAACAUUUUGCAGUCAAGUGAAAUUGCAUUGAAGAAUUAUGCAUUUUUGUGUUCAUUUAAUGUAUGGUCGCAGUAUUUCAGCUUUCUUUUAUGAUUCGAUUACUUCAUUCCACAAUAUUUUUACUGUAUAAAGGAUUUGUCCAUGAAAAUUCAUUCGCCAUGUGUGUGUUCCUGCACUGUAAUAUUUCUGACUUUUUCUUCCUCGACCCCAAGUCUUUGAAGAAAUAAAACAGAAAGGCUGACUUUCAAAAAUGUUUUCAAAGGACUGCAGUAAAAGAUAUUGGAACAUUUUGCAGUCAAGUUGUGACAUUGUGUUGAAGAAUUAUGCAUUUUUGUGAUCAGUAUUUAAAGUAUGGUCGAAAUAUUUCAGUUUUCUUUUAUGAUUCGAUUACUUCAUUCCACUAUCUUUUUACUGUAUAAAGGAUUUGUCCAUGAAAAUUCAUUCGCCAUGUGUGUGUUCCUGCACUGUAAUAUUUCUGACUUUUUCUUCCUCGACACCAAGUCUUUGAAUACGCCUUUGAAGAAAUAAAACAGAAAGGCUGACUUUCAAAAAUGUUUUCAAAGGACUGCAGUAAAAGAUAUUGGAACAUUUUGCAGUCAAGUUGUGACAUUGCGUUGAAGAAUUAUGCCUUUUUGUGAUCAGUAUUUAAUGUAUGGUCGCAGUAUUUCAGCUUUCUUUUACGAUUCGAUUGCUUCAUUCCACUAUCUUUUUACUGUAUAAAGGAUUUGUCCAUGAAAAUUCAUUCGCCAUGUGUGUGUUCCUGCACUGUAAUAUUUCCGACUUUUUCUUCCUCGACACCAAGUCUUUGAAUACGCCUUUGAAGAAAUAAAACAGAAAGGCUGACUUUCAAAAAUGUUUUCAAAGGACUGCAGUAAAAGAUAUUGGAACAUUUUGCAGUCAAGUUGUGACAUUGCGUUGAAGAAUUAUGCCUUUUUGUGAUCAGUAUUUAAUGUAUGGUCGCAGUAUUUCAGUUUUCUUUUAUGAUUCGAUUACUUCAUUCCACUAUCUUUUUACUGUAUAAAGGAUUUGUCCAUGAAAAUUCAUUCGCCAUGUGUGUGUUCCUGCACUGUAAUAUUUCUGACUUUUUCUUCCUCGACCCCAUGUCUUUGAACAAGCCUUUGAAGAAAUAAAACAGAAAGGCUGACUUUCAAAAAUGUUUUCAUAGGACUGCAGUAAAAGAUAUUGGAACAUUUUGCAGUCAAGUUGUGACAUUGCGUUGAAGAAUUAUGCAUUUUUGUGAUCAGUAUUUAAAGUAUGGUCGAAAUAUUUCAGUUUUCUUUUAUGAUUCGAUUGCUUCAUUCCACAAUCUUUUUACUGUAUGAAGGAUUUCUCCAUGAAAAUUCAUUCUCCAUGUGUGUGUUCCGGCACUGUAUUGCUUUGACUUUUUCGUGUAUGUAAAAAUUAUAUGUGCCAACAUUGAGAAGAAAGAUAUUUCAGACUUUUUCUUCCCUGCCACCAAGCCUUUGUAAUUCAGCAUAGAAUUGCUGAAUGCAUUAAGUGGAACAUAAAAACUGUGAUCUAUGUUGAAGUUGUUGUAAAAAAUGUAUGUUACAACAUCGAGAAGAAAGAUAUUUAAUACUUUUUCUACCCCCUGCACUAAGACUUUGAAGAAAUAAAACAGAAAGACAAAUUUUCAAAACUGUUUUCAAAGGACUGCAGUAAAAGAUAUUGGAACAUUUUACAGUCAAGUUUUGACAUUGCAUUGAAGAAAUAUGCAUUUUUGUGAUCAUUUAAUGUAUGGUCGCAGCAUUUUAAUGUUCUUUUAUGAUUCGAUUACUGCAUUCCACAAUCUGUUUUUUUUCUGUAUGAAGGAUUUGUCCGUGAAAAUUCAUUCUCGAUGCGUGUGUUUCGGAACUAUGAUAUUUUGCCUUUUUCGUGUAUGUAAAAAAUAUAUGUGUCAGUAUUGAGAAGAAAGAUAUUUCAGACAUUUUCUUUACCGCCACCAAGCCUUUGUAAUUCAACAUAAAAUUGCUGAAUGCAUUAAGUGGAACAUAAAAACUUUGAUCUAUGUUGUAGUUGAAGAAGAAUUGAUCCCUUCCACCACCUGGUAUCUAAGAUAUUCUGAUUUGAUAAAGAUGACCGCAAUUCCCCUGACAACAUUUUGCGUCCUGCGACGUGGACUUGCCACCAAGGCCUUUCAAGAAACCAGCUCCUAUAAGCGACGAAACCUUCAGGACAAAAUUCUGCGGGUGGAUCAUGCCGGAGAAUUCGGCGCCGAUCGAAUAUACGCUGGACAGAUGGCUGUCCUAGGACAGACUAAUGUAGGAUCAGUUAUUAAAGAGAUGUGGGACCAGGAGAAAGAUCACUUGAAGAAAUUUGAGGAACUUUUACCUAAGUACCGUGCUAGGCCUUCUAUGUUGCUGCCGAUUUGGAACGUGGCUGGAUUUGUUCUUGGAGCAGGUACAGCAUUAUUGGGUAAAGAAAGUGCCAUGGCCUGCACAGUCGCAGUGGAAGAAGUCAUCGCUGAUCAUUACAAUCGUCAAAUCAGGGACUUGAUAGCGGAUGAUCCAGUCAAGAACAAAGAACUUCUGGACAUUUUGAAGAAGUUCAGAGACGAUGAACAACACCAUCAUGAUACCGGACUUGCACACGACGCCCCAAAAGCUCCAUUUUAUAAAUACUUAACUCAAACAAUAAAAGUGGGCUGUUUUGGAGCCAUAUGGCUGGCGGAACGGUUAUGAUAGAUAGAUAGAUUUGAUGUAGUAGUUGUGUUUAGAAUUAGUAAUAGUUAAUAGGUGUACUAAUAAAUAGAAUUUACUGUU